AUGACAUGCACCUCUUCAUAUCCCUCCUCAGAGCACAUUGAAUUCCCUAUUCCUAAACCGGCCAUGGCAGCAAGAAACCCGACAAUCCCGCUCACCGCCCGGGAAGCCGGGCCCGAAUCCCCAACCCCGGCCGCCGCCGUGACCCUGCCGCCGAUAUCCCGCAAGAAGCAAGCGGCGGUGGUCUCGUCCGCCUUCGGGGCCAUCGCGCUGACCAUCGGGUACAACCAAUGUUUCGGCGUGUUCCAGGAGUAUUACCUGUCGCCGGACCAGGAUGUGUUGGUGCCCUCGCCCGCCAGCCAGGCCUCACCGCCAACGGCCUUACUCGCUUUCGUGGGCACCCUGUGCUACGGGCUCACCUGGGCCGGCGGCAUCCUCGUAAACCCGGUCAUCUCGCGCAUUGAGCACGGUAUUUGGGGCCCGGCCACGCCUGCUUCGCGGGUCUGGCGCCGGAGGAUGCUGCGUCUGUUGACGACUAGGACUAUCACCGUGUCGGGGGUGCUCAUGAUGUCGGUUGGCUUCGCGCUUGCGUCGAUCCUCGCCGGCGGCGGUGCAGGCGGCCUGGUCCUCUCCCCCGCCUUCAGCACCCUGCUCAACUCCCUCGGCGGCCGCCGAACCCUCCAAAUCUACGCCCUCUUCAACCUCGUCGCGGGGCUCCCCAUCGCCUGGUCCGUCCCACGCAGCCGCUUCGCCAACAUCGGCACCCCCACCCCCAACCCAGACCCAGAUCCCACCACCAACACCAACACCAACUCCCAACCCAUACAUGUCGACACCUCCCGCCCCUCCACACACCUGCCCUUCCCCCUCUUCACCACCCCCACCCUGCUCCUCUCCGCCGCCGCGGCCUUCCUCCAAGCCGCCGGCGCGCAGCUCCCGCUCGCCUUCAUCCCCUCGUACAGCGUCGUCCUGGGGCUGGGGGCGUCGCGCGGCGCCAGCCUGCUCGCGGCCAGCAGCGCGGUCAAUGCCGUGGCGCGCGUGCUGACGGGGUAUGUCGGGGACCGGUGGGGCCGGCAGAAUAUGCUGGUGGUGACGAUGGCGGUGGCGGGGAGCAGUGUGUUGGGGUUGUGGUUGGGGAGCGCGGGUGGUGAUGGUGGAGGGGAGGGGAGUGGGUUGGGGGUGGGGCUUUGGGUGGCGUUUGUGGUGCUGUAUAGUUUUGCGGUUGGGGGGUAUUAUGCGCUGUUUCCGGCGUUGGUGGCGGAUGUGUUUGGGAUUCGGCAGUAUGCGGCGGUGAAUGCGUUUAUUUUGAUGGUGAGGGGGUUGGGGACCAUGUUUGGGAGCCCUGUGGGCGGCCAGCUGCUUGGGGCGCCGGACGAGGGGGCGCGGGCGUAUGUUAGCGUGGCGUAUUGGGACGGGGCGCUGUUGAUGGCUGCGACUGUGUGUUGUGCGGGGGUUCGCUGGGCGGAUGCGAAGGGGAAGGGAUGGCGGUGGAUUGCUUGA